AUGGCUCCAGUCACUACUUGGGACGACAAGGCUCGCUCCGAUUUGCUGGUCGCCUUGUUGACGGUUACCAAGCCUUCCAAGGAGGACUGGGACCUUGCUCUUGCUGUUGUUCACAGCAAGGGCUACACCUACAACGCAAGCGCUGUUAUGCAGCACAUCCAAAAGUUGCAGCGUAAGGAGCAGACCGCUGGCGACAGCGGCGAGGCGAGCAGCACUCCCGCUAAGAAGGUUGCCAAGAAGGCGACCACUCCCCGCAAGCGCAAGACACCUUCCAAGAAGACCAAGACCGACGACGAUGCCGAGGUGAAUGAGGAUGACGAGGGUCGGGAGGACACUCCUAUCCCCAAGAAGCCCCGCACUCCCAAGAAGCCCGACAUGAAGAUGGAGGCCCUUGAGUACGAGGAUAAUGACGCUGAGGUCUAA